AUGCUUCAUGCGGAACACGAAUGUGAAAUAGCUGAAGAAGAAAAUGACAUACUGUUUCUUCCCGGUAGAGGUAUAUUUCAAAAAUUGAGAGACAUUUUAUAUCUCUCAUUGUUACCCUCGCGGAAGAAUCCAGCCGCUUUUUAUUUUUUGCGAAGCAGUGCUGCCAUAACUCAAGAAAAACGUCGUCAAUGGCGAAGUUUUCCGAAUAUCAUUCAUCCAUUCAGUUUAUUCAGGCACAUUUGGGACAUAUCGAUGAUAGUCGUAAUAUCCCUUGUACUGAUCAUCAUCCCCUAUCAGGCUUCCUUUGGAAUAAAGGAAAAGUUAAUGACUUGGACCAUUAUAAAGAACAUCAUGUUGUUAAUCUUAUGCUGCGACGUAAUAGUGAAUCUUAGAACAGGGUACUUCGACAAAGACAUGCAUUCCACGGAGUUGGAUCCAAAGAAAAUAGUUGAUAAUUAUCUAAAGCGUGGCACAUUUAUCAUGGAUUUCAUCGGUUCCUUUCCAACCGAUCUAUUCUAUUUAAGCGCGUUAGAGCUAAUAGUAGCUCGCAAGUGGACAUCCCUAUUAUGCAUCUUCCGCGUUUUCUCUCUCGCCAAUUACAUCGAGAAGAUAACCUCCCUCUACAAUAUACCACUAGCCGUCAAAGUGUUCGUCGUGUUAAUCUUCUGGUUGCUGUUGUUUUUCCACUGGCAAACCUGUUUGCAAUGGUUGAUACCAUUAAUAUCUAAAUCGAUGUACGAGCUGCAACGUCCCGCCAACACAUCGUGGAUCGAGGUGGCAAACUUGUGGGAAGUCUCCAAGAGCGAACAGUAUCUGAGCAGUUUAAUGCGCGCCAUAACCACGUUUAUGAGGGUCGGCCUGAUUUACACACACCUGGACAACGCGGGUGAGGUUUAUCUGAUCACAUUGACCCGUAUAUUGGGCAUGAUCGUCCCCUGGUUCAUAGUCACAUCCGUGUUGAAUUUCCUCAGGGGUAAGAACAGCUCUCGUUUGAGGUACCAGGGUACCGUGGCCCAAUUGAAACACUUCAUGAGCCACAAGCAAUUACCGUACUCCACCCAGAAACGGAUCAUCCAAUAUUACGAGUUCCGUUUCCAAUAUCGAUUCUUUCGCGAAUCCGAAAUUAUAAACACGAUCUCGACCCAGAUGCGUCACGAGAUAAGGAUGCACACGUGCCGGAAAUUGGUCGAGAACGUGACGUUCUUUAACAAUUUGCCGUUGACGUUGCUCGGCCAAAUCGUGGCUUUGUUGAAGUUCGAGAUAUUCUUGACCAACGACGUGAUAGUCAGGGUGAAUCAGCCCGGUGAUUGUAUGUACUUCAUAGCCUCGGGCACGGUGGGUAUUUACACGGAUUCGGGCAAGGAGGUGUGCCAUUUGGACGACGGGGCGCACUUCGGCGAGGUCGCGCUUAUCAUGCCCAACGAGCUGAGGGUGGCAAGCGUGGUGGCUGUCGAGAUAUGCGAGUUGUACCGGUUGAAUCGUGCCGACUUCAUGAGAACGAUACAUCCCUACCCUAUGCUGUGGGAGAGGAUCAAGAAGAUCGCGAUCGAGAGGCACGAGAAAACGAUGAUACUCACUAAAUAG